AUGGCUCGUUCCAUCUUAGCCAGCACUUUGUUUUUCUUGACUCUUCUUUUGACUUAUGUCACUUCUGCUCGGGCGGCCAGCAAUUCCACCCAAUGCCCAUCUGAUCCUUACCUAGACCCGCGCAACGACCCAUGUAAUGCCCUUGGCUAUAUUGCUAACAAUACGCCAACUGCCAUCGCCUUUGUUUAUGUUAUAGGUUUUGAGUUUCGCUUCGCCUUGCAUUAUAAUCCUGAUUCACUGGGGAUUUACAUCGCCGAAUACUUGAUGAUCGUACUGUCUCCCUGUUUCUUCAUUGCCACGAAUUACGUUCUCCUCGGUCGUCUUGCCAGGGAAAUCGACUGCGUCCAUCGGGUCUUGAUUCCAGUGAGACGGCUCACCCUCAUUUUCGUCUUGUCUGACGCGGCAGGAGCUUCAAUAACUACGUCCACCGUUUACAGUUCUGCUUUGACAGGAUUUCAUGUUUUUUUGGCCGGCCUCGUUUUUCAACUGGCUUCUGUCGGUUCAUUUUGUGUCAUUUACGCACGAUUCCUCUACAAGGUCCACGCUGAAGAGCCGGCCAUUUGGAUGCAAGACUCAAAGCAACAAUGGAACGGCUCAAGCGAGACAGCCUUCUACGUGGGUGAUACGCUUCCCCUUUUUGUGGUUAUCGUGAUCUAUGUUCCAUUCUGGCCCGGAAGGUUCAUCACAGCCAAGCUAGCGCCCUCCGUCAACGAACUGCAGAAUGGUCGGGAUUUGUCACUUUCUCGUGGUAUUUUAGGUUACAACCAUGAAGUACCCUCAGCGGUGCUAGACGACUACUGA